AUGAAUUCGGAAUGCUUUUUUGUAAUUCUUUCCAAGAACCAAUAUGAUCGAGUGAGCGUUCUAAGAUGUAACAUCGGGAAUACCAUUUCUGACGAUGGCAAAUUUGCUGUUAAAGAUGACCCGAUUGAGGAUUGUCCUGCAAUUCUCUGUCGAAAUGGUUCAAAUUCAAUAGGUAGUGGGGCCAAUCAAACCGGAAAUCAUGAUGGUUAUUGA